AUUGUUAAAAUAUAAUAUAAUACUAUAAAAAGAGUGUAUGAAUCGCAAAGUGGAAAGUGCCAUUUAAUUUCAAAUUUAACCAAAACAUUUUAUAUAAAGGCUUAAAUACUUGAAUUCUUCGAUUCACUUGUGACCUGACUUUAUUAUAAUGUAAUUUCCGCAAUUAUCCAUUCCAACUGGAAACUAAAUUAGUGAAAUGAAACUUUUGGUCUUGUCAAUCGGCUGGACAGGAUAGUAAUGUGGCAGCCAUUUAACAAGACAAACUAGGCGCUCUUAAUGGGACACGCCCCCUCUUGGACAGGCAGGCGGUGGUGAGGGGAGGCUGUUCAAUCAACCAACUUCUUGUUCGAUAAGCAACAGUUUGCUGCAAUUUAAGUUACACUUUGCCACCUGUCGGAUGCCUCGAACCUCCAACCCCAGAAAGGAUACUCGGCCGAAGUAUCCUUCGGUUCGUCGUCCUGCCGACGACAAAUUGGCGCCCGCCUGCGCAUCCAGCGUAUAAAAGGAGGUCUCCGGCAGCAGGAUUCAUCAGUUGGCCCAAAGGAGCGGCGCGCGUCUCUCAAAUCGGACGCAUGGAAGCCAGAAAAGUUUAAAAAUUGUGCAGUGCCUUUGUCAUAAUUCAAAGUGUUUAAUUCAGAAAUUUAAGAAGGUUGUGCCAAGGAAGUGCCAUUUUUUUCAAGUUUCAUUUAAAAAUUAUUUGCCAGUCGAUUCAGCGAGGCCAGCAUGUGAAGAGCCGUGGGAAAAUGCAAUUUUCUCGACCACAACGUUAAACGGGCCGGAAAAGCGGAAAAGCGAGGGAUUGCAGGUGGUGAAAAAGCCGUGAAAAGCCGCAAAUAGAGGCGUAGAUUUCCCUUUUUCUGGCCCCGGACUGAGUACAGCUUUAGAUUUCGGCUGGCUAAGCUCGUGCCGCGAUCGGCGUACACUGCCACGCCUCCAGGCACCACGCCCCCUCCGCCCCUGACACGCCCCCUCGACCGCAACAUGGACCGCAGCGGUAGCUCCGAUUUCGGGGGAACAGUGGCUGCCACGACCGGCCGCUCGAAUCUGAACUCCGCUCCCUGGAGCGACGACAAGGAGUCACCGAACAACGAGGACGACUCCAACGAGGACGACGGCGACCACACGACACCCGCCAAGGUCACCGAUCCGCUGGCCCCCAAAUUGGCCAACAAUGAGCGCAUUUUGGUUGUGUCCGUGACGGAAAGAACCCGUGAGACCUGGGGACAAAAAGCAGAGUUCCUGUUGGCCGUGAUUGGAUUCGCAGUUGAUCUGGGCAACGUUUGGCGAUUUCCCUACAUUUGCUAUCAGAAUGGCGGAGGUGCGUUCCUGGUUCCCUACUGCCUGUUCCUCAUCUUCGGCGGUCUUCCCCUCUUUUAUAUGGAACUGGCUUUGGGUCAGUUUCAUCGCUGCGGCUGCCUCAGCAUUUGGAAACGCAUCUGUCCGGCCCUAAAAGGUGUUGGCUAUGCGAUCUGCCUGAUCGACAUUUAUAUGGGAAUGUACUACAACACUAUUAUUGGAUGGGCGGUGUACUAUCUCUUCGCCUCGUUCACAUCCAAGUUGCCGUGGACGUCCUGCGAUAAUCCUUGGAACACGGAGAACUGUAUGCAGGUGACCAGUGACAACUUUACGGAACACGCCACCUCACCAGCCAAGGAGUUUUUCGAGCGAAGGGUUCUCGAGAGCUACAAGGGCAAUGGACUGGAUUACAUGGGUCCGGUGAAGCCAACCUUGGCACUUUGUGUCUUCGGGGUCUUUGUACUAGUGUAUUUCUCCCUUUGGAAGGGCGUUCGAAGUGCCGGAAAAGUUGUCUGGGUCACAGCCCUGGCUCCCUAUGUGGUGCUGAUCAUCCUCCUGAUUAGAGGCGUUUCACUGCCCGGCGCAUACGAGGGUAUCAUGUAUUAUCUAACCCCCGAGUGGCACAAGCUCAAGAACUCCAAGGUUUGGAUCGACGCCGCAUCGCAGAUAUUCUUCUCUUUGGGCCCGGGAUUCGGAACCCUGCUAGCCCUUUCCAGUUACAAUAAAUUCAAUAACAAUUGCUAUCGCGAUGCCCUCAUCACGAGCAGCAUCAACUGCCUGACCAGUUUUUUGGCCGGAUUCGUCAUCUUUUCAGUUCUGGGCUACAUGGCCUACGUGCAAAAGACCUCCAUCGACAAAGUGGGCUUGGAGGGUCCCGGGCUGGUAUUCAUUGUUUAUCCGGAGGCCAUUGCCACGAUGAGUGGUUCGGUGUUCUGGAGCAUUAUCUUCUUCCUGAUGCUGAUCACCCUGGGACUGGAUAGUACCUUCGGGGGAUUGGAGGCGAUGAUUACGGCGCUGUGCGACGAAUAUCCGCGAAUGAUUGGCCGGCGAAGGGAACUGUUCGUCCUGUUGCUCCUGGCCUUCAUCUUCCUGUGCGCCCUGCCCACGAUGACCUAUGGCGGAGUGGUGCUGGUAAAUUUCCUGAAUGUCUACGGACCCGGGUUGGCCAUUCUUUUUGUUGUCUUCGUAGAGGCAGCCGGAGUCUUUUGGUUCUACGGAGUAGAUCGCUUUAGCUCGGAUGUGGAACAGAUGCUGGGCAGCAAGCCAGGUCUCUUCUGGCGGAUCUGCUGGACCUACAUUAGUCCCGUAUUCCUGCUGACCAUCUUCAUAUUCUCCAUCAUGGGCUACAAGGAGAUGCUCGGCGAGGAGUACUACUAUCCGGACUGGAGCUACCAAGUGGGCUGGGCCGUCACCUGCUCCUCGGUGCUGUGCAUCCCCAUGUACAUCAUCUACAAGUUCUUCUUCGCCUCGAAGGGCGGAUGCCGCCAGAGGCUGCAGGAGUCCUUCCAGCCGGAGGAGAGCUGCGGAUCGGUGGUGCCCGGCCAGCAGGGCACCUCGGUGUGACAUGACCACGCGCAGGUCCACCUCAACAUCCGCACCAGCUGCACGAACAUCAAGAUCUACAACCUUAACUGCAGCAGCAACAACAGUUUGUCACCAACAACCUCAGUGGCCGUCGACGGGAGGAGCUGCCACGGCGCCGCCUUCCACUCAAACAAUCUCAACGUCUGCUGUCAGCCGGAGGAGCAGAACAGGAGCCGGCAGCAGCAGCAGCAGUAUCAGCAUCAGCAUAGGAUCAGCAGCGAUAUCAUUAGUGCUAGUCUUAGGCAGUCGCAUAGCCAUAGUUUAAGCCUCUGCUCGGUGCAGAGCAAUCCCAUGAUGAGCACCCGGAUUCCACUUGCUGCCGAGGACAAUAACUGCUCGCUGAGACUCAGCAGCUGCCAGCCGCUCAAGUUUCCGCUGGCCAGCGAGUGGCUGGUCUAAGGAAAGCUUCCCACAAGGGAAGGGGGUCCUGCAAAGCAGCCAUUUUGCAGGACUCCCCGUGCACAAUAUAUCAUUAGCGUAAUGGAACUCAACGUUUAAUCUAGUUUGAUUGCUUCGCAAGCACAUAGUGAACCUAAGUAUUCUGGUAGUCCACUUAGCCCUAGUUCGUAAGCGUUAACUAGCUCAGCUGUAAGUCAAGUGAAAUUUGGUAAAAUGCUUUCUAAGCAAUAACUGCUCUAAGAUAGAGAACGCCCUGUACAAUGCAUUACUCAAAAGUUUUCCGGCGCGCGGGAAAGGCAAUUGUAAGACAGCCAUUUACAUUGCUUUUCCGGCGCGUUUAAUUUGUUUUUUGAAUAUAA